AUGAUGGAUUGGGUACGCGGUGAGAAAUUAGGGCAGGGUAGCUUCGCCACCGUGAGCUUGGCGUUUUCAAGAGGCGGCAACGCUGCUCUGCCACCGCUGGUGGCGGUCAAGUCUUGCGGAGCUUCUCUCUCCUCAUCACUGGCCAAUGAAAAAUCGAUUCUCCAGAAGCUCGGCGGCUGCCCGGAGAUCAUAAGAUGCUUCGGCGACGGCUUCUCUUUCGAGAGAGGGGAGCGGCUCUACAAUGUCCUGCUGGAGUACGCCCCCGGCGGCUCCCUCGCCGACCGGGUCAAACAAUUCGGCGAUCUUGGGCUGCCGGAAUUCGAGGUCCGGAGGCACACUAAGGCCCUGCUUCGUGGGCUGACACACAUCCACAGAUCUGGCUAUGUUCACUGCGACAUCAAGCCCCAGAAUGUGCUCAUAGGCGCCGACGGCGCCGCCCGGAUCGCCGACUUCGGCCUGGCAAAGCGCGCCGGAGGCGGCCCCGUAGGGUCCCAGCUGCGGGGGACGCCGAUGUACAUGUCGCCGGAGAUGGUGGCCGGCGGGGAGCAGGAGCCGCCGGCGGAUGUCUGGGCGCUGGGGUGCGCAGUUGCGGAAAUUGCCGGCGGGGGCACGGCGUGGGAGGGUUUCUCCGACGCGGCGGCGCUGAUGAUGAGGAUUGGGGUGGGCGACCAGGUGCCGAGGGUGCCGGAGGGACUCUCCGGCGAGGGGAGGGAUUUUUUGUCGAAGUGCUUUGCGAAGGACCCAAGGCGGAGGUGGACGGCCGAGAUGCUUCUGAACCACCCGUUCGUCGCCGGAGAAGAUGACCUGAAGAAGGGAGCGGCGGCCGAGUCGGAGUCUCCAAGGUGCAUAUUCGAAUUCGAUCAGCCAGAGUGGGUUUCGGAAGGGCACUUUGGGGAAGAUGAAUUGUGGUUUGCGGAGGAGCCGUCUAGUAAGGUGGCGGCGCGGCUGGGGGAGCUCGUCUACGAACGGGGCUGUGAUUGGUCGGCGUCCGAUGGCUGGGUGACCGUCCGGUGA